UCCUAAGUUAGGAAUUCUAACGGAGGAUGCUGCGCCGGACCCUCUCCACGAGGUCACAUUUUAAAUAUUCACAUCCACGCAACACCGGGUUUCUUGCUGUUUACGCCCGCACAAUGGUAAACCCCUCAAGAAAAAUUAACAAAUUAUCGCCCGUGGGUGCUAGCAUCUCCCCGCAGCCUAAAGGUUUUGAGCCCAUGAAGACCCCUCAGGACAUCGAAGGCGGUGCGCUUCGUGCCGGCGGUGCCAUAAACGUCUGGAGCCGCGAGUACAUCGGUAUCGUUGUGCAGAACGCUGCUGUGGGUAUGAUCUACGGUACUCUACCCGGCACCGUCUACCCUUUCCUUUUCAACUACUUGAACAUGGAAAGCACCCAGGUGGUGUCGGCCACCGUGCUGCUCAACCUGCCGUGGUCAUUCAAGCUCUUCUACGGUAUCAUUACGGACUGUGUGCCGAUCAUGGGUUAUCGUCGUCGUCCGUUCAUGAUCAUCGGUUGGACUCUGUGCUUCAUCAUGCUGCUAGUGAUGGCGUGCAUGAAGGCCGAAGACCCGUACUACCCAGAGUACGCCUACGCUUCGAUGAACGUCACCACAUUGUCGCCCGAGAUCAUCGCCUCCUUCAACACGGACGCACCCUCCACUGGCAGCAAGUUCAUCGUUCUCAUGAUGCUUGCUGCUAUCGGUUAUGUUGGUGCUGACGUUGCUGCUGACGCCAUGAUGGUUGAAUUUGCGCAGCGGGAGCCCGAAGCUACGCGUGGUUACACUCAGACUAGGAUCACAUGGUCCGCACUGUGUUUGUGACUAUCUCCAGCAUUUUGACUGGUUUCGCGUUCAACGGCACUCACUAUGGUGGUGAUUUCGACUUCUCAUUGAGCUUCCCACAGCUCAUGAUCAUUCUUACUGUCGCGUGUCUACCUGUUAUGCCUCUCACGUGGUAUUUCAUUAAAGAGGAGAAGCAUGAGGGUAUGGUGUUUAGUACCUACCUAAAGGAGCUUUGGAUCCUCAUUCAGACGCGUCCGAUGUACCAGGUCAUUGCGUACAAGUUCUUCUCCGGCAUUUUUGAAAGCUUCACGAUCACUUCGUCGUCGGCCAUGCAGGCCUACUGGGCUGGCGUCACACCGCUAAACGAGAAAAUUCUUGCCGUUAUUGGUAGCGGCAUCUUCUCUCUUACCCUCUACCGCACGGGCAAGUAUGGUCUCCACUGGAACUGGCGGUGGAUGCACGCCACUAUGGUCGUUGCUGUGACUGUGCUGGACUCUCUUGUGACGCUCCUCACAACGUGGGAUGUCAUUCGUAACCAGUGGUUCUGGCUGGGUGUUCCGGUCGAGGAAAACCUUCCGAGUGGUUUGGCUUUUGUCAUUGGAACGUACGUGGUCGUGGAGCUGGCUGAGUACGGCAAUGAGGGUGCCGUGUACGGUCUGGUUGGAUCCGUCUCCAACCUCGCUAUUCCUUUCGCCAGCACCAUCACUAAGAAUGUGGUGUGAGCUAUAAAACUUACCUGCGUGUCGAGCGCCAGUGCAUUGCAGUCUGCCAGUGUCCGGUGCC